GGCGCGCUUCAUAAAAGUCGCGUUGCGAAUGUGCGACUGAUGGUCAAGGAUAGGUCCAUUGAAGGUUCGAGUUUCUAAAUGUCGCAACCUUAUGUCCUUUUGGAAUGUAUAAUGCUUUGAGGAUGGUACAGGACGAAAUAUUUCGUUCCAUAUCACAAGGGGGCUGAAAGAGGGAGCAAGUAAAAGAAAAGACGAGAGGCAGAGUAGCCAACAUUCAUGAAGGAAUGUUUAAGAAAGAGCAUUUUAAUAGGGUAAAGAAAAUAAGUGUUAACAAGGUGUGAGUGGACAUACAACUGACAAAUGGAGGUGAUUCGGAAAAGAGCUGAGAGUAUAAGAUUAUGUGUGAUUAUCGCCUGACCGUUCGGGCUAACGAGUCAUUCAUAUAGGCAUCAUAGCAUAUCAGUGAUCCUAUGAUUGCCUGCUCGCACAACCACGAUAUUGCCUUCUUGGGUAAUCCUAUCUCACUCAGGCAUUUGUCAGACCGCCCAUCCAUUAUCCCGCGCAUAGUAAUGGCUAUCAGCAAAUGGUGAACCGAUGCUUCCACUCUAUUUGUGCAUUUUCUUUCUGGAAUAAUGAAAAUUACAUUUUUCUCUGAUCACAUUUACAUUUUAAAAUGUUUAAUUCGUCUAUACAUGCCAGAGAUAAUGAUGAUUAACCUAAGCAGAAAUUUAUCAUCACCCCAAUCUAUUUAUCAAUGUAUUGAUUGGUUUUUAGAUUUUAUAUCAACCAUUUACACAAUUUUUAUAUUAGGACCAAUUUUAAAUUGUUUCUCGUUAUACCUUGGUGGUCGGAAAAAUUUCGGUCGAACUCUAGUCGCAUUAGUAUUAACUUAUUUAUGUUUGAUUCUAUGUUUAUUGUAUACAGUGUUGAUACCACGUCGUCUUUUCAUUUUGAAUUCAUGUUAUUUAUAUAAUGAAUAUAAUUCGAUCAAGUGUAGUUUACGUACUGAGUGUACAUGGUUUUUGUUACAUUUUACAUUAAGUCAUCUAAUCAUUGUCAAUAUUUAUUUCCAUUAUUUAUCUGCUGUUUUCAUUCAUCCCGGCAAUGUACCACAAAUUCCAUAUAAUACUACUAGUAAUACUAAUACUAUAUGUUCACGAUGUUUUGUAUCACGUCCAAUAAGAGCACAUCAUUGUGCUAUAUGUAAAGCAUGUAUAUUAUGUAUGGAUCAUCAUUGUCCAUGGACAGCUAAUUGUAUUGGUUUGUAUACACAUCGGCAUUUUUAUUUAGUAUUGAUAUUUAUGAGUAUUGGUGGGAUAUAUUUGCUAACUGUUGGUUGGUCAGACUUUCGAAUCUACGUAGUGGAAAUGAAUGAAAAUCAAAUUAAUACUACUGUAAAGUAUUCAUCGAUUUGGUUCAACCAUAACACAUAUUUACCAUCGAAUAAAUUCUUCAUUCAAUUGUUCAAAGGAUGUUUCAUUUUCAGUGUAAUUGCAGUUCCUUUAGUAAGUGCUCUAUGCACUUGGCAUACAUAUUUAAUUAGUAAUGGUGAAACAAGUAUUGAACGACAUAUCAAUGCAAAAUUCACUAAAAUAUUAAAACAACGUGGAGUGAUUUAUCGCAAUCCGCAUGAUUUUGGUAUAUUUUUAAAUUGGAUAAAAUUUCUAGGCCUUAUUGAUAAGCAUGAAAUGGCUAAUUAUUAUGUCAAGAAAAAAUCAUUUCGUUUAUAUUUUGUACUUUGUAAAAGGUUUUUUAAUCGUAUUCUAUUACCUUCCUAUCAUAAACCUUAUGAUGAUGGUUUUAACUAUGAAUUAAGUUUGAAUACUGCUGAGUCAGUUCUAGAAUCUUUAUCAGAGUCUGGAAUGUUUUAAUGUACUUUUCGUCUUUGUAAUUCUUAGGUCUUGUUUCGCGUCUUUUUAAAACUCUAUAUUUCUCUUUGUUUUCUAUUUCGUGGUAUAUUACUUAUUACUGUUCAAGCAGUAUAAGUGUAUUCCUUAUCGUUACGGGCAGUAUUUGUGAAAAAUAAUGUAUUCUGUCAGUUU